AUGUCUUCCAAAGAUCGGAAGCCACAAAAUUCUGAACAUUUGAAAGAAAUCAAAGAUGCAUUCAUGCAGUUCGCAAAAGAUUCAAGAAGAAUUAAGCAUUCGGAUAGAAAAUUCCGUAAGAUCAUAUUUUCAAUGUUACAAUUUAUUCAUGAUAUUGAACAAUAUUCAAAAAAUAUUGAACUGCAAACUAUACAUCAAUUUAGAAUUGCUUGA